AUGAAUGGUAAUGAACAAAGCUAUUUCGGUUCCACCGAGGGUACAACGGCAUAUCCUAAGAUAGUACCGAAUUGCAUUCCUAUCCAGAAUCUAGGUGAAGUGGUUACCGAGCCAUUAGCAAUCUAUAAUGAGGGAGAAGGAGCGAUUUCUCAUAAGGAACAUAUUCCAUAUGUGUUGUCUAGUCAAGAGAAAGUGGAUUUUCUCAAAAAAUGCUGUGCCUCUCCACUGCUUCGAUUCAUUCUUCAUCUUCUCUCUGAUGUUCGACAAGAAAAUCUGGUCUCUUGGUACGGUGGUCCAUUUGGUGUGAAAAUAUGGAAUACCAGAAAAUUUACUGAACGCUAUAAUGUUGCUAUGGGAACCAAUAUGAACUUCACAAACGUAUCUCGCGCCCUUCAAUCCUGCGAACAUAUCACUAUAGCCGGACACGGGUUCCCAAAUAUUCCACCAGCUGCAAUGCCAAAAGAUAUACCACCAUAUUUUCCAUUUGAGAGGCAAUGUAUUGUUAAAACUCCACAGACUGGCUAUGGAGAAUGCUUAUCUCCACCGGACACGAGCCAUCUUCUACCAGCUGCCUGCUAUAAACAACCACCACCAUACCAUCACAUUCUGACACCGGGAAAUCCUCCACAAACCACUUCAGAUAUAAUUAGCUAUCAAUCUGUGCCACAAUACAGUGCACAAAUACUUAGCCCAGCUCCCUCCUUGGGAUCAUUUGAGGGUUCUAGUCCCACUAUGUCGAUAACUUCGCCAUCAAGCUCUUUUCCUAUUCUGUGUAGUGCUGUGCUGACUCCUCCUCCCUCAGACACAUCUGCCUGUUCAUCUGAUUCGCUUAAUUUCAAUGAUUCACUGAACACACAACCUUAUAGUCCUAUAAGUCCUAUUGUUAGCUUUGGCGCCUCCGCUGAGUCGUUUUUGGCUUCGUGUCGGGAUCCGGUGCCACAGAGGAUUUGUUCACUUACAGAAAGCAAAUCUGUGGUGACGAGGAUUGAACAGAGUCCACAGUUCCAAUCCAUUCCGGUGGAACCAAUAUCAAUCAUUGAAAAAACUGAAACCAAAUCUUUAUCGCUCCUUGCUCGAGGAAAUCCUCAAAGAGAAUUCACUGAGACUCCCGGUGAAGAGGAAGAGGACAUAUUCGGCUCGUUGUCCAAUAUUCUCGGAUAUGAUGUGUCCAUAGAUGAAACGAGUCUUUUGUAUAAUUGA